UUCACUUACCAACAUUAACUUUUCUAAGCACUACUAAGACUUCUUAAUCAGUUCAGUUACCUUAUCCUCCUUCUUCCCUUCAUACUACAUUAUUACUCGGCUUGUCUUCCUUUCAUGCUUCUCAGAACCCUUAACAUUUUACAGCAUGCGGCUCUUCCCUUCUACACCUGCCGGCCACCUGUCAGUCCACGUGUCCCACACAUAUUUGCUCACUGUCCUCAUUAGUUCAGGUUCCUCCCUCGGGCGUUUACUCAGGUCUCUAUCAUCUCUCGCCCUCCUUUCCUUAUACUCAUCACUAUCUGCAUAUAAAGAUGUCUUCACCUCCGUUACGUAUUUGUGAUGUUACUCUCUCUCCUGUUAUUUCUUGUUCUCGUUUCUAUUUUUUCUCUAUCUUCCUCCUUCUCUUUCUUCUUUCACUCGUCCAUCUUCCUCUUUAUCACUCGUGUCUUUAUUCUGUCGCUGAAGGUAAAAUUUAAUCUUGCUCUCUAAGUACGAGUUAUGGCCUGGUCUUGUUCUCUGGUUCAGUUUCAUCUUUCGAUUAAAUUCAUCUAUUAUUCUCUUUAAGCCUCCCAUCUUUGUUCUCCGGCUGCUGAUAAAUGUUUCAAUGUGACCUUCUCAUCCUUCUUUCAUCUAUUUUUUUUCUUCAUUCCUUCUUUCUUUCGCACAAAUUCACCCGCCCUCCUAAUUAUCCCUCCAAUCUUUGUUUCCUCGCCAAAGAUAAAAGCUUAGUCCUAUUUAGUUUCAGCACAAGUCAGUUCCUUAAUUUAUUCCUCUCCUCUUCCUCCUUUCGUUCAAACUCACCCAUCCUUCCAUUUUAUCCUCCCAUAUCCGUCUAUUCACCACAAAAAAUGUAGUCCCGUGACUGGUGCAGAUUACGAUCAGAGCUGGCGUAGUGAAGAUACCUGAAUUUCUUUGACCUUCUGGCAACGAGGGGGCGAAACAACACACCAUACACAACAACACUCGAUCGCUUCCCAGUAUAACGAAAGCAAGAUUACACGGCUUAUCCGGAACGAAGCUGACUUAUCCGGGAGGAGGAGAAAGCGGACUAAGGAUAAAGAAAAAUAAAAGAAACAAGGAAACUACCACAAAACUCCCUUCCCGGCCGCUAAUAGUGGUUCCUCUCCCCUUCUGAAACUUGAGGAGAAGUGGUGGGGUAACUGUGUGUCCCCGUAACCUAGUUGAAAGUGACGGAGGGCGUGGGGUGCCCCGUCAGGGUAGUAAACGAGGGAGCUUGUGUGUAUAGAGAGACCAGUGGACAGUGUCUCGUGUGUUAAGGCAGCGAGUGGUUGCUCCUCCAGGUGUGGUGUGUGUGUGUGUGUGUGUGUGUGUGUGUGUGUGUGUGUGUGUGUGUGUGUGUGUGUGUGUGUGUGUGUGUGUGUGUGUGUGUGUGUGUGUGUGUGUGUGUGUGUGUGAGUGCGUGUGUGUGUGUGUGUAUUGGAGCGUUUGUGUGCGUGCGUCUGUGUGUAUAUGUGUGGAUUAUCUAUCUAUUAUCUUUUUAUCAGUCUAUCUAUCUAUCUAUCUAUAUGUGUGCGUGUGUGUGUGUGUGUGUGUGUGUGUGUGUGUGUGUGUGUUGGAGCGUUUGUGUGCGUGCGUCUGUGUAUAUGUGUGGAUUAUCUAUCUUUCUAUUAUCUUUCUAUUUGUCUAUGUGUGUGUGUGUGUGUGUGUGUGUGUGUGUGUGUGUGUGUGUGUGUGAGAGAGAGAGAGACAGAGAGAGAGGGAGAGGUCAAUGUAUGGUUGAUUAGUGGACAGUUGUGAUGGAACUAAAAGGUGUUUUUUGGCGGAUGUGUGCCCUGAAGGAAGAGUGGGGACGUGCUGGUGUGGUGCAGGGGACAGUGGAGGUCUGAAGUGCAGUGUAUUAGUGUAUAAACGUGAAGGUGGAAAGUGCAGUGCAGUUCUCAAGGAUACCAAUAAACAACGCAGUGAUGAUGUACAGUAGUUAUACGGAGUGCAUGAUAAGUGUUAAUCAUAUACGUCUACGUGCUGCCGAAGCCUCGAGUACCGGGAGAAAGCCCACAGGAAGAUGCUUCUCGGAAAAAAACGUCCUGACGUAGAGACACAAAUGUUGCGACUAUGGAAGAGACGCCCAAUUUAGGUCUCAGUGGAAUGUCCGGGUAGCUUGGCGGGAACUUAACGGGAGCAGGGAGUGGGCAGGACGCCGCCCCUACCCCCCUUCCCUCACUCCCUCGGGCCGUUUUGCCUCCUCCAGGUGGCCUGCAGGUGCCGCGGUGUCUGGCUCCCGCAGGUCACUCACCUGGGGGAGGGAUAAUCUUGGUGUGGGUUUCAUGUCUCAGGUCACGGAGGCCGCGGAAAUACCUUGGGGCCACACCGGUGCUGGCCAGUGUUUUUCAUCAGCGCUACGCCAGGUCUUGUUACACGCGCCGCAGCACAGCGCGUCCGCUCCUUCACCUCGCCAAAUCUCUCCGGUGCCCCGCAACGGCAGCCUUGACGAGCUUACACACCCAACACGCUGGGCUGUGGCUGUGGUCAAUUAACUUCCUUUGACAAGAGGAAAAACAAGAAAGAAAAACGACACUCCAAAAGAAAAAAAAAGUUUGCUAAUAUGUGCCUGCAGAGAGUCGCCGACCAAACAAUACUUAUCAGAGCCACUCCCUGCGCCACUCCUGCGCCGCUGCCAACGCGGCGGCAGCAGUGACAUACUUGGUGCAGAGGUCAAUUCAUUGUUGUUUUCACUCGUGUGGGCGCGCUGGGACUGGCGUCACUCGAGUGCACACCAGCGGCACGUCAGGUGGAGCAGUCUGGCGUCUCGGUAUCUGCACGUGACCUUCCGAGGUCAACAGCUUUUGGCCAUUCCAGAUGACGCCGCGCGGGGCCGAGAUGAUCACAGCGUGGGGGAUGGUGGCGCUGACUUCAGCCAUGGCUCUGGCGGCGGGGGCAGGAUCCCCAGGCUGGCGCUACCCGCAGCACAUCGUGAAGCCCCGCGUGAGGUGUGAGAGCGAGGGCGUCUUCCAGCACCCAAGAGCCUGCAACUGGUACUACAGGUGUGUGAGCCGCAUGGUGCCCGGCUACUACCACACCUACUACUUCAUGUGCGAGCCAGGCACGGUGUUCGCCCCGCAGCUCGCCCAGUGUGUGCACGGCAACCCCGCCCACUGCAUGCCCACCACGCCGCCAGCACCCACCUCCCCAGACUCCCCCACCCCUACACCCGUCCCCAUCACCACUCCACCAGUCCUGAUCACCAGUCCACCUGCCCCUGUCACCAGUCCACCUGCCCCCAUCACCAGUCCACCUGUACCCAUCACCAGUCCACCUGCCCCCAUCACCAGUCCAACUGUACCCAUCACCAGUCCACCUGUACCCAUCACCAGUCCACCUGCCCCCAUCACCAGUCCACCUGUACCCAUCACCAGUCCACCUGUACCCAUCACCAGUCCACCUGUACCCAUCACCAGUCCACCUGCCCCCAUCACCAGUCCACCUGCCCCCACCACCACACCGCCACCUGCCACCACCACUACAGAUCACAUCACCCACACUAGUGAGCCAGUCAUCACCACACUCGGUCCAGACUCCACCAGUACAUACCCGGCUUCCACCACCGCCGGUACAGAGGCCACAACCACAGAGGAGGCGUCCACCACACCAACACUGGCUCCCACCACCACAGACACUACCAUCAUUACCACAGAACUUGAUAGUACCACAGUCACCACCACCACCACAGAUGAUGACACCACCAUCACUACCACCACCACAGAUGAAGACACCGCCAUCACCACAGAUUUUGACACCACCACCACCACCACCACCACCACAGAUGAAGACACCACCACCAUCACCACCACCACAGAUUUUGACACCACCACCGCCACCACAGAUUUCGACACCACCAUCACCACCACCGCCAGCACAGAUUUUGACACCACCACCGCUACCACAGAUUUCGACACCACCACCACCACCACCGCCACCACAGAUUUUGACACCACCAUCACCACCACCACAGAUUUUGACACCACCACCACCACCACCACCACAGAUUUUGACACCACCACCAUCACCACCACAGAUUUUGACACCACCACCACCACCACCACAGAUUUUGACACCACCACCACAGAUUUUGACACCACUACCACCACCACAGAUUUUGACACCGCCACCACCACCACCACAGAUUUUGACACCACCACCACCACCACCACAGAUUUUGACACCACCACCACCACCACCACAGAUUUCGACACCACCACCACCACCACCACCACAGAUUUUGACACCACCACCACCACCACCACAGAUUUUGACACCACCACCACCACCACCACAGAUUUUGACACCACCACCACCACCACCACAGAUUUUGACACCACCAUCACCACCACCACAGAUUUUGACACCACCACCACCACCACAGAUUUUGACACCACCACCACCACCACAGAUUUUGACACCACCACCACCACCACCACCACAGAUUUUGACACCACCACUGCCACCACCACAGAUUUUGACACCGCCACCAUAGAUUAUGAUACCACCACCACCACCACCACAGAUUUUGAAACCACCACUGCCACCGCCACUACAGAUGAAGACACCACCACCAUCACCACCACAGAUUUUGACACCACCAUCACCACAACCAUAGAUUCUGAAACCACAACCACCACAGAUGAAGACAUCACCACCACCACGACCACAGAUGUUCACGCCACAAGUAUCAGUACCACAAAUGUCGACACCACCACCAUCACUACCACAAAUGUUGAUACCACUACCACCACAGACAUUGACACCACUACCACCACAGAUGUGGACACCAUCUCAAUCACCCCAGAAGUUGAUACCACCUCAGAUAAUGACACCACUACUGACACCACCACAAUCACCACCACAGAUGGUGACACCACCGCUAUCACCACAGGCGGUGACACCACCACCAUAGAUGGUGACACCACCACCACAGUUGGUGACACCACUACAGCCAUCACCACCACCACAGAUGGGGACACCAUCACAACCACCACAGAUGGUGACACUACUACAGCCACCACCACCACCACAGAUGGUGACACCAUCACAACCGCCACAGAUAGUGACACCACUACAGCCACCACCACCACCACCACCACAGAUGGUAACAUCACCGCCACCACCACAGAUGGUGUCACCAUCGCCACUACUGAUGGUGACACCAGUGCAACCACCACGGAUAGUGAUACUCCCGCCACCACGAACCCAGAUACUCUCACCACCACCGCCGCCACCAUCACCACCAUAACAGAUGGUGACACCACCACCACUGAAGGUGACACCACCACCACUGAAGGUGACACCACCACCACUGAAGGUGACACCACCACCACAACAGAUGGUGACACCACCACCACUGAAGGUGACACCACCACCACAACAGAUGGUGACACCACCACCACUGAAGUUGACACCUCCACCACAACAGAUGGUGACACCACCACCACUGAAGGUGACACCACCACCACAACGGAUGGUGACACCACCACCACUGAAGUUGACACCUCCACCACAACAGAUGGUGGCACCACCACCACUGAAGUUGACACCUCCACCACAACAGAUGGUGGCACCACCACCACUGAGGGUGACACCACCACCACUGAAGGUGAUACCACCAUCACUGAAGGUGACACCACCACCACAACAGAUGGUGGCACCACCACCACUGAAGGUGACACCACCACCACUGAAGGUGACACCACCACCACUGAGGGUGACACCACCACCACUGAAGGUGACACCACCACCACAACAGAUGGUGGCACCACCACCACUGAAGAUGACACCACCACCACUGAAGGUGACACCACCACCACUGAAGGUGACACCACCACCACUGAGGGUGACACCACCACCACUGAAGGUGACACCACCACCACUGAAGGUGACACCACCACCACAACAGAUGGUGACACCACCACCACUGAAGUUGACACCUCCACCACAACAGAUGGUGACACCACCACCACUGAAGGUGACGCCACCACCACAACAGAUGGUGACACCACCACCACCACCACCACCACUGAAGGUGACACCACCACCACUGAAGGUGACGCCACCACCACAACAGAUGGUGACACCACCACCACCACCACCACCACCACUGAAGUUGACACCACCACCACAACAGAUGGUGACACCACCACCACUGAAGAUGACGCCACCACCACCACCACCACUCCAGAUGGUGACACCACCACCGCCACCACCACUGCAAAUGGGGAUAUCAUAACAACAGAUGGUGACACAACCGCAGCCACCACAAGUGUGGACACUGCUGCCACGGACGAAGACACCAACACUCUUACUACAGAAGCAGACACCACCGCUGCCAUCACCACCACAGGCUCAGACACUACCACCACCAUCACCACCACGGAUACAGAUACCACCACCGCCAUCACCACCACAGACUCAGACACCACCACAGGCUCAGACACUACCACCGCCAUCACCACCACGGAUACAGACACCACCACCGCCAUCACCGCCACAGACUCAGACACCACCACAGGCUCAGACGCUACUACCACCAUCACCACCACAGACGCAGACAGCACCACCACAGACAAAGACACCACCACUGACACAGACACCACCACCACAGACACAGACACCACCACCAGCACCACCACCACGGACACAGACACCACCAGCAUCACGACCAGCGCGGGGGAGGACACCGAAGCCUGCGUGUCCCUGGUAGGGUGCGAGGAGGUGAACGUAUGCCGGCCGUCCCCUCUCAGCCUGACCCUGUGCCGGCAGUGCAACACCACCACCUCCCUCAGGCAGUGCCCCGGGGACCAGCGCUACUCCAGGGACACGCGUUUGUGUGUUGACCCUCCAGCAGCCUCAGACCUGUGCUCCGGGGACGAGAUCGUGGUGAGUUUCAGAUACGACAUUGCCUGCUCUGAGUACGACACGACGCCCCCUCAAGACUGGAUCCUCGCCCAUUACUGUGAGAAAUACUACUACUGCUCCCUCGGCGGACGGUUCCUAGGGCAACAGAGGCUGUGCACGAAUUACUUCAAGUGCUACAAGGACGGGGACGGUUGGCGAACGGAAGGGCUCUCUUGUAACAAAGGGCAGAUGUGGAGUUACGAGGAGAGGGCGUGCGUGCAGGAGCCUUCAGAGGAAUAUUUAUGCCGGCCACAAGUCACAAACAGACUCCGCAAGCGCCAGCACCGGAGGAGGCCAAAGCUUGACACCCGCCCCUGGAACACCUAAAAGGACAUGCAGUGUGUAAGUGUGGUGUGUAAGUGUGUAAGUGUGCAAGUGUUGGAGGAGUGAGUGUAGCGGUUUCAUUUACGUCUCUUUGUCACACGUACAUGUAAACCCCUGUGAAGACUCGAAAGUGUACACAUGGAGAUAACAUUGUUGUUGUUGUUUGUUGUUUGUUGUUGUUGCUGUUGUUGUUGUUGAUGUUGUUGUUGUCGUCUGGGAGGCAUUAUGGGUGGAGUUCUCUCUAUUUAUGUAUUUAAUCCUCUAUUUGUUUGUUUGUUUAUUUAUUUAUUUAUUUAUUGGUUAUUUAUUCGUCCCUAUUAUGUACUUAUUCAUUACAAAUUCAUAUCUUCAUUACCGUCUAUUAUUCAAAUCUCUCUCUCUCUCUCUCUCUCUCUCUCUCUCUCUCUCUCUCUCUCUCUCUCUCUCUCUCUCUCUCUCUCUCUCUCUCUCUCUCCAUGUGCAAAUUCUGUGUUAUUAUUGUACUGUUAAGAAUAAAUGUAUACCACGGAC